CCGGUCUUCCGAACUCGCGUUCCCGGUCGCAGGCGCCAGAUUUCCAGGGUUCGUGUUCCGGCUGGUCACCGCCCCGGGCUGACCUUCCCACUCACCAGGCUCACCGAGUCCCAGCUCACAAGCCCCGACCCAGAUUCACAGCUCGGGCUGUUCUCCACCCCCCAGGCUCACAGUCCUCCAGGUAUCCCCGCCCAGGCUUACAGUCUCACCGCCUGGGUUCACCUUCCCACCCCAGGCUCACAUCUCCACCCCCACUAGGGCUCACAUCCCACCCCCAGGCUUAGGCCCCCAACCCGUUAGGCACACUUCCCCAUCCCCCAUCCCCAUCCCUUUAUCCCCUUACAUCCUGGGCUCACCCCCACUGGCCUCCUGCUCAAGGUGGCCCAAUGCAUCUCCCUGCAGAUGAAGGAGCCCAAGCUUCGGGGGUUGAGGGGUUAGGGCCUAGUGUGGGACACUGGAAGGAAACGUGUACCCCACCCCCAUCUCCAGAGGGGAACUGUGCUCCAGAAAUGAGCUCAAGAUGUCCUUAGAGUCUGAAGCUGGAGCCACUAAUUAUAAAAGGAGAGAUAUGUGACAAAGGCGUGUGAAUCACACAUUUUUUACCAGUUGAAAAAGUGGAAAACUGGCUUGGCUCCCAUUGCUCGGUGGUUAGGGCACUGGCCACAUACAUGGGGGCUGGUGGGUUCGAACCCAGCUGGGGCCUGCUAAACAACCACAACAACCAAAAAAAAAAAAUAGGCGCGGUGGCAUGCACCUGUAGUCCCAGCUACUUGGGAGAGAGUAGGCAAGAGAAUCGCUUAAGCCCAAGAGUUUGAGGGUGCUGUGAACUGUGAUACCACAGCACUCUACCAAGUCUCAUAGUGAGACUGUCUCAAAAAAAAAAAAAAAAAGUGGAAAACCCUCCAAAUAGUUUAUGUUCUCAAACAUCCCUGGCCUACACCCAGCGUGGGGGCUCUGAGGUGUGUGAGCACCUGCCUGCCCCACUUCCUUCCUGGAGCCAUAACCUCAGGUUCACCUCUUGCCUUCCUCCCUGGCAAGGGCCCAGGGCAUGGCCUGAAUGUGUCCAGGUUGAGUCACCAGAGGUUGGGAGUGCCCCUCGAGCCUAGGCCUGUGGUACCACCUACCUGAGAACGAGGGGUGAGCCAGCUACUGUGCUAAGUUGCUGGGGCCUCUUGGGAUCUUAAGAACCCCAUCUUUGAGCCCCGCCCUAUGGCCCCACCCCUCCCAAGGAGGGAAAAGGUACUGGCAGUCUCUCAGCUCACAGGCACUGGGACCUGGAACUUAGACGGCCAAGAAGACAGGCUGCCAUACAACCACACGACCACUACAGGCUGGGCCAUGGACCCCCAUGAGAUGCUUGUCAAGAACCCAUAUGCCCACAUCAGCAUCCCCCGGGCUCACCUGCGGCCUGAGCUGGGACAACAGUUAGAGGCAGUUCCCUCCCCUACCUCUUCCUCCUUGGAGACACAGCCUGUGCCCAUGGGACCCUGUACCCUGGAGCCAGCCCACCUCCUGCAGCCCACUGAGGUCCCAGGGUCCAAAGGCACCAAGGGGGCUGUCUCCACCCAGAGCCAGCAGGCUUGGCAGCAAUCCUGCAAACACUCUGGCAGUGGGCAGCGCCCACUGGGACUGACCUAUGCUGGCCUGCCACCUGUGGGGCAAGGUGAUGACAUUGCUCACCACUGUUGCUGCUGUCCCUGCUGCCGCUGCUGUCACUGCCCCCGCUUCUGCCGCUGCCACAGCCGCUGCUGCGUUGUCUCCUAGCCCUUCCAGGGCCAUGACCCAGCUUCUGCUCCAGCCCAGGCAGUGCCCAGAUGUGCAGGUGGCGAUGAUCACAGGCAUUAACCUCUUCCAACCUGAGAUGGGCACCUACUCACCAGGAAGGCUGCCGGCUCAGCCAGGUCUUUGAAAGGGAGUCCCAGGCUCUAGCCAUGAUGGGACAUCCUUGACUACUACCUUUAGGCCAGGCAAUAAAGCAGGGUGAGCUUUG